AAGACAAUUUGUUGUUGUUACACGAUCCCGAUCUAGAGACAUGGAGACUGCUGAAGUUUAUUUGAAUUGUGAAGAGGACCUGACAUGUCUCGUACCAUUUUGGGAUGUGGUGCCUGGUUUUCCGUACUUUCCGUAUCCGGUGAUCAUACCGGAAGCGCCGCUGGAUGACUACAGAUUAGUGGAUACAAUGCCGAGUAAUACAGAGACCACAGAGCGGGAAGUUCAGACGGACGAUUGGACGCAAGAAAAAUGUGUCAACACAAACGAAAGUUGGGAACACCUAAUGCGCGUCCUGGUGGAACAGAGCGCCAAGCUGGCGGAGGAGUGCGAGUCUCUGGAGAAACAGAAGGCUGAUGAAGAGAACGAGUACAAGAGCCACAUUGCAAGUUUGGAGAAGGCGAGAGAAGACAAGCAGCGGCAACAUCGGGCGCUCCUAGAUAAGAUCGAGUCAGUGCAGGUGAAACUGGACCUAAACAGCAGUAGGACAACGCGGAAAAACUUCAGCGCCAAAACCGAGGAGCUCACCACCGAGAGGGAUAUAAAGCUGGAGACGAAGAAAAGAUUGACCCAAGAGAUGGAGGAGGUUGACACAAAACUGGGGAUGCUUAAGGAAGAGCAAAGAAAUGAAAAGGCUACUUGGGAACAAGAGAUUGCAUCAUUGCAGCAUGAGAUGGAGAGACUCUCUAGACAAGUUGAAGAAUCCAAUAAGACAGCUCUGAAAGAUGAGAUCACUGCUUUAGAAUCUCAGAGAGAGCUCAUAAUCUCUCAGAUAGAAGACUGGAUUUCAGAAGCAGAAAGAUAUCUAAGCACUCUCAGGUCGGACACGUCACCUCACAGCAGCCGGAAUCGCAUCGAAUGGGAGAAAAAUGUGGCAAUGGGUCGUAGCAACUUGGGAAAGCUCCAGUCCUUGUAUAAUGAAAACCUGAAGCAACUUUACAAGGGGCAGCAGCUUGACGGAUUGCCGAAAAUCACCCUUCCUCAUCUCCCACACAUACCCAUGAUCGAUUUGCUGAAUUUCACACAGUGUGCUCCGAUCCGCCCUACGGUGACCCAGCCUCAGUUUCAUUCACCCCAUAGAUCCACCCCUCCUCUGCUUUCCACACCAAACCCAAUGGCCUUCACGCCACACACGCUCGAGCAGACCGUUCCUGUACCGAGACUGGCUAUGCCCACCGCCACCCGCGGCCCCACAAUGCCCUACGCUAACCCCGCAUACGUAUUACCUGCUGCCGCCGUUCCUACAGCCCAGGUGGGCGUCCCUAUUAGCCUCGCAGCAUCGGCAGGACCAUCUCAAGGGGCGGGGCCAGCAGCCACGGUGCGAAUCCCUGCCCCACAGGCGCUCCCAUCGAAUCCACAACCCGUGGGCAAACUGGACAAGCUGCUGGACAGACUGGGGACCCAGUUCCCACAGUGCACCAGACCUCAAAUAAUGGCGGUGUUGCAGCAGGUUAAGAGUGAGCGUGGCACCAUGUCCGGCAUGUCUAUAGAGGACAUCAAGCAUCAAAUGGAACAGAAGCUAGCACAAAACGAACGGCCGCCUCUAGGCCCCAUCGCACCUCCUGCAGGAUCAAGACACGCACACAGAGGUCCUGUCCAUCCUGCGGCAUCCAUACGUCCCUCUGUCCACGCUCCCAGCGCUCACAGCUUCCAGCCACGAAGCUCACAGCAAGGUGCAACUGUGCGGAAACUGUGUUUAAUGUGUCAGAACCAGGUCGAACCCGGAUCCCAGUACCACACCAACUGUCCUCAUACGCUACAUAAAGAGUGCAUCAGUGUGUGGCUGCAGUCCACCAGGAGCAACUCCUGCCCGUUCUGUCCCAGCAAAUAAACCCACAUGGCAUGAUGUCAUAUGAUGAUGCGUACAAGAUCAUGUGAUCUCCAAACAAAGAUCAUCGUCGACACCACCGAGGCGUACUGGAAGUCCUUUUUUUUUUCCCCAAAAAAAUUGUCCCAGUUGAGUUUUUUUUUCAUUGUAAAUACCUCAAUACUUGAAUAAAAACAUGCUUUUUAUCUUUUCUUUUUAUGGAGA